UUUCAAAAUGAAAGAUGUUGAUAUUUAUACAAAUAUGUUAGUUUUUCGUGAGUUGACUUCCUUAAAUAAAGGUAACGAAAAGAAUGGUUUGCUCAAUGAUGGAAAGAAAUUGCUUUUUAAAUUUACUACACUAACACUUAUAACUAUUAUCACACUUUUGCAUAGAUGUUAUGUUCAAAAAGUGCAAUAUGCAGGAAUUUUGUGGCUUUUUUUUAUCAAAAGCAUUCAAGCACAGCAAUCAUAUUAUGUGCCUCCUACAAAUGAUGAUUAUCAAAUAACAGAGGCUUUUUAUUACAAUGACAACACAAGUAUAACUCUGCAAGAUGUUAGAUGUAUGAUGAACAUCACAAGCACUUCAUAUUUAUCAAUAAGUCCAAUUGAUACAGAGUUUGACACUUCACCAGUUGCAUGGUUCAUUGUAAAAAUGAAUGGAGUCAAGUUAGUUCACCAGUUUAUUGUUAAAUCAGGUGAUUAUAAUGAGUUUAACUCAAUUGGUGGAAUUUGGUUAUCUUAUCGUUUAAAUAGUGAUAGAGAUUUUGUUGUAUACACAGAAUUCAAUCAAACAAAGAUUUUUAAAGCAUGGUACAAUAGUUCUAGAUGGUUCACUUAUGAUUUGUUAAAUCCUUUUAUGGCUUCUGAAGUUCAAGUUCUAGUUAGUUCAGAAAAUUUUUCAAUGUACUUCACUAUGGACUUUCGGUUUAUUGAACCUAUUGAGUAUAAAUUUGAAAAACCAGUGCUUGGACUGUACCAGUUUAUGGCUGAUGAUUUUUUAAGUAUUCAAAUGAAUAAAUCAUCAUUUAUUGCUGGAAUGAAGUUUGACAAAAUUGAUAGUUUAUUAAAGUUUUGUAUCCAGUAUUAUGUCAGCAAUAAAGUUGUUAUGUACAAAGACAACAGUUUGUUUGAUAAUACUGUAUUUACAGUUUCUCAGAGAAUCUUUCUUCGUCCAUUUCGAACAUCAGAAAUUAACCUAAGAUGUUUAGUAUGGUUUUUAAAUGUGGAGCAAAGCAUAUCCAUUACUUUACUGGGUGAUGAUUAUCUGUCAGCCGACUAUCUUUGGUUACAAACUGAUUUUUUUGAGUAUACAAAUAAAAAUUACUAUAUUUAUACAAACACCAGAGGUAGCCAGAAAUUGUUUGGAAAUUCUGGAAAUUUAGAAAAAAUAUAUUUUUCAACUAGACUAAUGAGUGAUCAUUUUGGUGCUGAUUGUUUUACUCAGCCACACUUGUGUGUCAGUGGGUUCACAAUUCAACUUGAUGUUGCUGUUCCAUUUUCAUCAAAUUUAAAGUGGGAACCAUAUUAUGUGACAGAUUUGUUUUCUGAGAAUAAUUUAUCAAAUGAGUCAAGUAAUCUAAUCUAUUUUGGUUCCAAUGUAAACUAUACAUUUUUGGUUUUUAAUAAAUUUUUAUUACCAUCAACAGCAAAAUCCAUCCAAUCACAUCUCCAUAUUUCUGGUAUGAAGAAUGCAUUAAGUUUAGGCACAAAUUAUUCUGCAAAGAUUUAUGCAUUUUCAAUUAUUUUGGAUGAAACGAUGACUGCACAAAGUUGUUCAAAGUAUUAUGAUGAUGGUUUUUUUUCAUCUUACAAUAAAUUAAUCACUUUUGAUUGUUUACUUGAUUAUUAUGGUUUUGAUUUGACACCUAUAAUAAAAAUUUUAAAAUCGCAGAAUAAUGAUGUGAUAAAUAAUUUGUGUUUAAUGGUGGAGCCAAUUAGCCAAAUUGAAGUAAAUGUUCUAAAACUACUGAAAAAAAACUUUGUGUUGUGGACUUAUUACCAAAAUAAUGUUGUUGGGGAUGUGCGCUCAUUGAAAGAACAAAAUGUCAAUGAAAGUUCCUUGAAGGAACAAAAUGUCAAUAAAAGUUCUGUAGAAAAUAUUACUUUAGAUAAAUUUUAUAAUUAUUCUGUUGAUGUUUCUUUUGAUCAAGAUUAUUAUAUGACUGGAAUACAUUUGUGGAGUGAAUCUCCAAUUGAUGUAGACUUAUUAAUGCAAGCCAAAUACUUUAAUAUACCUAAAAUUAACUCUUCUUAUAUAACAAUAACCAAGAUAUCUUUACAUGGUGGUGAAACUCAGUAUGUUCCAUUUGAUGAUGUGAUUAAAGCAAAGUAUUUUAGAUUAUUAUUAACAACUGAGAUUAUCAUAAAGUAUAAAUUCUAUGGAACUGAAAAUACAUAUUGGACAUCUCCAAUACUAUCUGCUGGUUUAGGUGGAUAUCAAACAGCUACUCAUGGCAAUGGGUUUCAAAUUCAUUUAACCGAUAAUCAAAUUACUGCUACUGUGGUAACAAUGUAUGGAAAGUAUAAAGUUUCAAUGGCUAAUCCUUCAUCAGCUCCUUACACUCUUACUCUAGUCUGGUCUGUAGAUAAUGAUACUUUAUAUUUGUAUCAUAAUGAUACCUUGAAAGAUACUGGGGGAGUUAGUGCAGGAAAAAAUUUUUCAAGCUGCUUGUUUAAUGAAUAUCUUCUUGUGUUUGCUGACUACUAUAACAAUAAGUCUAAUCUUCAAGCAACUCUUUCUAAGAUCACUAUGUGGAGCACCCCUUUAUCUGAUAAUGACGUUUCUCAAAUUAUUAAACAAGCACCGAUUGCUGAAUAUAGUUAUUUGGGUAUCAAAUCAUCAGACUUUCUUUAUGGUUCAGAUUGUAAUUGCAAAAAUAAAGAAUGUCCUUGUGAAACUCUUGAAACAACUGCAACUGUAGAAUAUGUGAGCAGGUUUGCCACAGUUUUUGAAGUUUUUAAAGAUGAUGACUUGAAUAAUGAUCAAAACUAUGUUGACCUAGUUAAUACAACACAAGGUUUAACAUAUAUGUAUUUUGAUGAAAUUGUUUUGGACUUUAAAAGUGUGAGUUUAGUUGAAGUAUAUUUGGAUAUUAUGUUUAUAAAUGCAAGCAAUGUUAAUUUUGGAAAGAGCAGUAUUAUCAGAAUGCAGAUUUCCAAUAAUUCAAAUGAAGCAUCUUUACAAGUAGACAGAUGGAGCAUCUCUAUCAAAUAUAAUAACUUGUUUACAAGUCCUGAUCUGACUGAUUUACUAAAAAACCUUCUAAAAACAUCAUCUUACGAACUUCCUCUGACAGUUGUGAUAAAGAUAAAUUAUUUGAAUACUCAACCUAAAGGAUUUUUAAGAAUAAAAUAUAAAACGCCUGAAUCAGGUACUUUUAUUUACGCAAGUGCUAUGCAACGUAGUUCUGAUGAUAUUUUUACGAAAUUGUAUUUUUUUGUUAUUGGAAAAUGUCUUUCAUUUACAUUUAAAUUUGGUGGAACCGGAUUUGUAAAUCUUGCUGUUUUUGGGAGUACCAACUUUUUAAAGACAUUAUUAGCAUACUAUUACCGUCAAGAAGCACAAGAUAAAUGGAUAAAAAGUAAUCUUGAUUUGAGUUUUCAAAGCUAUGAUGUAGUUGAGUUUAUUGCUUAUAAAAAUGGGCUGGGAGUUGGCUACAUUUCUUUUGGUAUUUUUCAGUUUUAUCAAAGUUGUCCUGUCGAAAAAACAAGUUAUGCAGGUAAUCUUGCAUUGCAGCAAAAUUCUACUCUUUCAAAUCCUGUUGUUAUGGUUACUGAUUUUGAUGAUUUUUACACAACCAUAAAAAAUGCUUUUAUUAUUCAAGAAUCAUAUAUGGUAUAUCGAACAUUUUUUGAUGGUUUUACUACAAAAGCAAACAACAAAAUUUUGAAUUUUAGUUAUUGGCUUGUUUCUGACUUUACCAUUUUGUUUUGGUUUAGAGAUGGGUCUUUGUAUAACAUAUUUAACAUGACUUGUAGUUCCGGAGACUUUAUUAUUGUUAGUCAGCAAAAUUUGAAUGUGUUGAUUUCGUUUAAUAAAUUUAAUGCAACUGUUCCAAUAACACGUUUAACUUGGCAUUAUUUGGUUAUCCAGUAUGACAAAAAUAAUUCAAAAUUUACCUUACAAAUAGACUUUCAAGAAGUAAUUCCUUAUGACAGCAUAUCAUUUGCUAAUAGUUAUUCUUCUACGUUAGUCCAUCUUUCUUAUAAUAUAUUUUGCUUUCAAGUUUACCAAGAAGUUUUGUUUCAUUCUGCAAUUGGAGCUGUGCAAUUUUGUCCUAUAAAACAGUGGGAUCUUGCAUGCAUACCUGGAAAUCAUACAUGUGAAUGGUGCAAUGCUUUUUAUGGGACAUGGGAGUUUUUACCAUCGAACUACAUUAUUGAAAAAAAAAUGGAUGAAUGUUUUCAAGUACCAGAUGCUCCAUUGAGCAUUUUUAAUUACACAGAAGAUAGAAAAACAUUAAGAGUGGAAUGGAUUCCUCCUGAGAAUAGUUAUGGAAUAAUGAGUUAUGAGAUUUGUAGAAGACAAUUGUAUUUAAAUGGUACAAAUGGACUAUACUAUUGUUUCAAACAAUCAAAUUUGCUUGUGUUUAAUUUGACAAAUCUUGAUGCAGCAAGCACUCAUAAUAUUAGUGUAUCAGCCUGUAAUUCAGCAGGUUGUGGCAAACCAGCAUAUAUUAUAGCAAGGUUGUUAUCAUUUGCACCAGAGCGAUCUCCCGAAAAUUUUACUGCUGUUUUUAACCGAAGUUCAAUUCAAUUUAAAUGGAAAAGUCUUGAAAAUACUACAGAUGCUUGGGGUGAUUAUAAAAUACCUGGAUUUUAUCAACUACAUUAUGGCUUUGUGAAAAGUCCAACUCUAAAAAACAUUAGUUUUACUACAAUAAAUAUUACAGAUAAUCAGUUUGUUUUGCAAAAUAUCAACUCCUGUUAUUUUUAUAUAGCUAGUUUAAAUGCAUUUUCUAUUGAUGCUGGUCCAGAAAACUAUAUAUGCAUUCAAGACUAUUUAUCAAUGCCAUUUUGCAUUACACCGUUCAUAGAAAGUGUUUAUGUUUCCAGCUCAACCAAUGCCUCUUUUUUUAUGAAAAGGUUUUUGCCUAAUUAUUUUCGUGGAUCAAAUACUUAUUGGUUGUUUCAUGUAAAUGUUGUAGAUCAAUAUUAUAAUCCUGGUCCUCCACCUGAUAAAUAUCCUGGUCCUCCAACUGAUAAAUAUCUUCAGAAACCAGUUUAUCUUGACCAAUUCUUAGAGAAAUAUUCUGGAAUAUCGAAUCAAUGCAUACAGGAUGAUUUGGUGGAAUACUUCAACCAAAGCACUAAUUUUGUUUUAGAUCUAGUAGGUUUACACCCUAAUACAAAAUAUGAGGUGUCAAUUCAACCUUGUAAUGAAUUAGGUUGUGGUAGUAUAUCAAAUAGUGUUACAAUUCAAACAUACUCUGAUGUACCAAGUUGUGAACCUACACUUCUCCAAAUGCAAAGCCUUUCAUCUACUUCAAUGAACAUUUCAUGGAAUAAGCUUAACUCAAGUUGUGCUAAUGUUGAUUUAAAUCAAAUUAGUUAUAACUUAAAAUGUUAUCAAAGUCAAGGAAACAAUUUGUUAAAUAAAAAAAUGAAUAACACAACAAUAUUGCUAUCAGGUUUGAACAGCUAUGAGCAGCUUUGUUGUAAAGUUGCUGCUUUAAAUAUAAAUGGAACAGGACCUUUCAGCUCUCAAAAUUGUGCAUUUACUGAUGAAGAUAUUCCUGAUGCACCAACAUUUAUCACUACUACCUGCAUAAAGAAUAAUAAAACAAUUAAAUUGGAAUGGAGCUCAAUUUCUCUGCAGAAUAGUCAUGGAAUAAUAACAAGUUAUGAGAUUUGCAGAAGACAAUUAUAUGUAAUUGAUUCAAUGGAAUCUAACUACUGUUUUAAACAAUGGAAUUCUUCAAUACUUGAGUUUUACUUGACAGGUUUGCAACUAUCAAGCACUUAUAAUAUAAGUGUUGCUGCAUGUAAUACAGCAGGUUGUGGGAAGCAAAUUUUUAUUGCUGCAAGUUUUAUGCCAUUCGCACCAGACCACGCUCCUGAUAAUUUUACAGCCAUUUUCAACAAAACUUUGAUUCAGUUCAAAUGGGAUUCUCUUGAAAAUACUACAGAUGCUUGGGGUGUUAACAAAAUACCAGGAUUUUACCAGCUACAAUUUGGUUUAGUAAAAAGCUCAUCACUAAAAAACACAAGUUUCACAAAUAUUAAUAUAUCAGACACACAGUUUGUUUUGAAAAAUAUUGAUUUGUGCUUUUUGUAUAUAGCUAGUUUGAAUGCGUUUUCAGUUAAUGCUGGACCAAAGUAUUUCAUAUGCUUUCAGAGUAAUCUUUCAGAACCACUCUGCAUGAAACCAUUUAUUUCAAGUUUUUAUGUUUCCGGUUCAAGCAGUGCUUCAUUUACUGCCAGCAGUUUUCUUCCAACCUUUUUUCGUGGAACAAAUACUUAUUGGUUGUUUCAUGUAAAUGUUACAAAUCAAAACUACAACCCUGGUCCUCCACCUAAAAAAUAUCUUCAAAAAUCAGUUUAUUUUAACCAGUCCUUAGAGAAAUAUUCUGGAAUAUCGAAUCGAUGUACACAGGAAGAAAUAGUGGAAUACUUCAACCAAAGCACUAAUUUUGUUUUAGAUUUGAUUGGCUUACAUCCUUAUACACAAUAUGAGGUUUCGAUUCAACCUUGUAAUGAAUUAGGUUGUGGUAAUAUAUCAAAUAGUGUUACAAUCCAAACAUACUCUGAUGUACCCAGUUGUGAACCUACACUUCUACAAUUGGAAAGUUUAUCAUCUACUUCAAUAAAUAUUUCCUGGAAUAAGGUUAAAUUAAGUUGUGCAAAUAUUGAUAUAAAUCAGAUUAGUUACAUUCUAAUAUGCAAUGGAAGUAAAAUAAAUGCAAGAAUUUUUAACACAACACUACUUGUUUCAAGUUUAAAAAUGUAUGAUGUUCUUUGUUGCCAAGUUGCUGCUUCAAAUAUAAAUGGAACAGGACCAUUCAGUUCUCAAAUCUGCGCAUCAACAGAAGAUGACAGAGAUAUUGGCUUUAGUGAAUGGUUAGAAUGGAGUUUUUGUUCUGAAACAUGUGGAGGAUCAAGUUUUAUGAUUAGAACUAGAAUAUGUAAUGGAAACUGCAGUGGUUUGUUUUCGCAAAAAAAAAAAUGUGAGGUGCCAGUGUGUUCAGUUGAUGGCAUAUGGACAAGUUGGGGACCUUGGGGAAGUUGCAAUGCAACUUGUGGCUAUGGUGUGUCUAUUCGAACAAGAGUGUGUGAUCCACCACCAUUAGGAAGUGGUGCUCCAUGUUAUGGACCAAAUAUAGAUAUUUUUAAAGAAUGUGUUGCUUUUCCAUGCCCAGUUAAUGGUGGAUUCUCAGAAUGGACUGAAUGGUCCAUUUGUGAUAAACCAUGUGGUAAUGGAACUUCUAAACGCGUGCGAUACUGUAACAAUCCUGUGCCAGCAAUAAAUGGUAAAGAAUGCAGUGGAGAUUUCACAAUUACAAGAGAUUGUUGGAUGAAUCCUUGUAAAUUUAUUGAAGUAAAUUUAGUGCAGAGAACUUUAGAAAAAUGGAUGUGGAAAAUGUAUAACAUCAUUUCAUAUGAGGCUCAAAAUUUUACAAUAAACUUCAAGAACUCUGUUCAAUCUUGCUUUAAUCAAAAUAAUUUAAAAGGAUUAACAAAUAUUGUUGUAAAUAAGCUUGAGAUGGGUAGUGUGAUUGUAAAUUAUACUUUAAUGUUUCAAUAUUUGUAUGGUCAAAUAGUUGAAUAUCUUGAUCUAAUAAAUUCUACAAGAAAACUAAUAAACAUAACUAUAUCAAGUACACAAUAUUAUUCAAAUGAUGUACCUUGUCCACCACCAUAUAAUAUCAAUGUAUCAUCGUUUGAUAAAUAUAAUGUUCAGAUAUCUUGGUCACGAGACAGCUGUAGCAAUGCAGAAGUUUGGUUAUAUAUUUAUUUCAAAGAUAUAACAAAUCCAAACUCGAUUUGGGAAUGGAAAGGCAUAUCUUCAGAAGAUCAAAGUGUAAUCUUGUUGAAUCUUGCUCCCUUUCAUAUUUACAAAGCAUAUAUGUUAACUGCAUCAUCUUAUGGUAAUGGUUUGCCAAGUAGUGUAUUUAGAAUGAAGACUUUAGGAGCAAGUCCUGAAAGACCACCUGCAAAUGCUACAACAAGAUCAUUGAGUUCAACUGAGAUUUAUGUUGAAUGGACAGAUACUUUGGAACAAUAUAGCAAUGGUAAAAUACUUGGCUAUAAAAUUAGAUAUAAAGUUUACUGGUCGAAUGAUCCAUUAAAAGAGGUGGAUGCACAAUAUGGUUUUAAUGCAUUCAUUUUAAAAGCAUUAAAACCUUUUACUCUUUAUUAUGUGGAUGUUUAUGGUUAUAACUUAUUUGGUGCUGGUCCGUCAAUUUACUCAAUGUGUAAAACUUUAGAAGAUGCACCAUCUGUUCCAGUUCCUAAUAUUCAGAUAAUAGACAUGCAAUCUUCUGAUUGGUGGUCAAUUUCAUGGGAUCCAAUUCCAGUUGAGAAUGUUAAUGGAGUUUUGCUCGGGUAUCGUCUUAUUUAUUACAUGAAUUAUAGAUCUGGACAGGAAAUCACUGGAGAAAAACUAAAAUACACAAUAGAGUUUGAUCCAUUCACACAUUAUUAUAAGCAAACAAAUCUUUUUAAUUAUGCUAUAUACAAUUUCAGUAUUAUUGGAUUUACUUCUGCUGGUAGCAGUCCUGCCCAGGAAUUUCAAGCUAGAACAUGCAAAUGCAAAGAAGUUUUAUUUGCUAACUCUUUUAUCAAGGAUCCAUUUGUAUUGUUUGAUGGGAAAAAAGUUACUGGCAAUUUUGUGAAUUUUCUUCAAGACAUGGUUGUUCAGUCAUGUGGUACUUGUAAUGGCUACUCAAGUAAACUUUCUAAACUUUACUUUGAUAGAACAAAGUUUGGAGGUAAUCCCGUUAAAAAUUCAGAGUUUGAUUUAAAAUUAUCCAUUAGCAAUGAUAUUGAUAUAAGUUUUCCAAUAUAUGGAAGAAAUGGCUAUGAAGUUGCAACAAAUACUUCCUUUAUGCUUUUAAUACAAUCACCAGGAAUUGCAGCUGUACAACGUGAUGAGCAAAAUGCUGAUGUUAUGCUCACAAAAAUGAUUUUAAAAGUUCUAAAUGUGUGGUCAUUUUUGUUGAUCAGUUAUGUGCUUGGUUCACUAUUUGGCAUAUUUUUUUGGUUUACUGAUCAAUUUAUUAAUCCAGAACAAUUUGCAAUUGGAAACGCUUUGAAAGGAAUUUUAAGUGGUUUUUGGUUUGCAUUUAUUACUAUGACAACAAUAGGGUAUGGAGAUCUUACUCCUCGAUCUUUUUUUGCAAAAUUAGUUUCAAUAGUUUGGUUUAUGAUUGGAUUAAGUCUUAACAGUAUUAUUAUUGGAUUCAUAGUUACUAACAUUACUACUGUUACUUUGCCAGCUGAUUUUAUUAUGUAUGAUACAAAGGUUGCUGCUUUACAAAACUCAUUUGAGUAUAAAACUGCUGUUCAAAGAAAUUCAAGAUUACAUAAUGAGAGUUAUUACAAAACCAUUGAUGUUAUGUUAGAUGAUUUACAAAAUGGAAACAUUGAUAUAGUGUAUAUAGAUGUUUAUUACUUGCUUGAUUAUCAAAAACUACUGGAAAGAAGGCUUCUUAAAGUGGCUUUUAUUGACACCCUAAAUACAGGAUAUGGUGUUGUGUUGUCAGGAUCAACUACAGCAUUGCUAACAGAGUUCAAAAGUUUUAUCAAAGAAAGAAGUGUUACAUUAAUGAAGUUUACUCAAGCUUUUCAAACAAGAUUACCAGCGCUUAAAACUGAGAACACACAGGAGACGAUUGCAUAUUUGUACACCAAAUCUUCACAAUACAAAACCUCGCUAAUAUGUCUUGGUAUACUUUUAUGUCUAAUGACCAUUUUUGGUUUGUGCAUGGAUUUCAUAAAACAAAGUAAAAAGAAUAAAAUCCAUAACAAAUUAAACAUCACAGAUGAUAUCGAAGAAUUGGUUUCUAAUUUUCGUACAAAAUUCAAUGCUGUUGCUGAACAACUAACACAAAAUCAUCGGGAAGAUUAUGUGAGACUGUUUAACCUUAAGAAAAGAUAUUAUAACAAAAGCGACGAGUUUUCGGAGAUCAUGUCUCUAUAAAUGAUUUAUUUGACGGGUUUUAAAUUGAUGGAUUUUAGAAUGACUGGUAAAUGGUGUAAAAAUAUGUAAAAUGUUAAAUUUAAAACGCGAUUUAACAAUCAAGAAAAUAUAUACAUACACAAAAAAAGAUCUAAUAUAAAUAAUUUAAAUAAUAAUGGUUUUUAAAACAUAGACAUUGCCGUGAUUUAUUAAAGAACUUUGAAAUAAUAAGUUAAAAUCAAAAGUGUUAAAUUUAAUAUAUAUAUAUUUUUUUUUUCAUCUGUCGUUCAUCUUUAUAUAUACAUACAACAUAAUGUUAAUAUAUUUUAUUUACCAACCAUUAAAUAUAUGCAUUGAAAAGUGUUAAUUCUACAACAGUUAUUAAAUUAC